AUGGCCGACAUUGUUCCCCCGUCAAAGAAAGGUCGCAAGUUCCACCAUAAAUCGAGGUACGGCUGUCUGCCGUGCAAGCAGCGGAGGAUAAAGUGCGAUGAGGUCAAGCCAAUCUGCGGUAACUGCGUCCAACGGGGCAUUGACUGCCCUUUGCGAUACUUCGGUCGACCUACAAGCCAACGUUUAUCGGCGUUGAGGAGGCCGAGCAAUCCCUCAACUCCUCCGUUACUUGGCUGGAUCCCAACCUUAAUCUCUGCUACGGGUACAAAUCACUCCUUCUGCCGUAGGAAUACGCGCGACCUGGAGCUCUACUGCCACUUCCAAGUCCACACGGCGGGAAGUUUCUCGCACCUACCGCGUAUUGAAAGACUCUGGCGUGAAGGAUUGCCACAGCUAGCCGCUUCCUUCCCAUUUAUCGGUCAUGGUCUUCUCAGUCUCGCCUACAUCCAUCUUGCAUCGCUGUCGCGGACCCCUUCGCGGACGUUACUCGCAGAAUCCGCCUUUCACGUCAAUCAAGCUCUCCCCGAGUAUCUGGAGGCACUCAAGAAUAUAACCGAGGAAAAUGCGGGCGCACUUUUCGGUUUCGCCAUGUUUGUCAGCCUGUGGACCAUGGCGAAUGUCAGUGAAGAAUGCGGCGCCCUUCUUCAGGAAGCGAGGAAUCUGCCAUACAAGCGCAUCGAGGCAGUGAAAGGGUUAGCGAUGAAUGCCGCGCGACUGGCCCAUGCCCAAAAACAUAUCUUUAGCAUCUUUUGGCGAUAUCAGCGCUGGAUUUCCAAUAGUCUUUUGUAUCCCGCCAUUCAACGAUACAGCGCCCCGAUGCUAGGCGAGCCCUCAACCAGUUGGAUCAGAAUUGAGGACGGACGCCUUGCAACAUUGAGUCGCCUGUGGGAGGAAAAUCCGGGCAUGCCUCUAACGCAUUCGCAAGCCUUAUCUGCCGCUUUGGGCACCCUCCGCGAAACAUUCUCAAUGGUCACCCAGUUGACAGUCCCAGCUCCUGCUAGCCAUGAACACGGCAGAGUCGAGUCUCCGGGCGUGGACUUAACAGAGAUCCACCAAAGACUCUCGUCUGGCCGUCUAGACGAUGUUCCGAGCGUCUUCACAUGGUUUAUCCGCCUUACUCCCGAUUUUGGUCGCCUCAUGGAGCAAGGGAAUGUUUAUGCGAUGGUCGUGCUCGCCCACUAUGCGAUCCUCCUCGAUCGGGCAUGUCACGACAGAUGGUGGAUUCAUGAGCUGCCUCAUCGGUUGGUGGCGAUGGCGGAAUUGGCGCUCGGACCAGACAGAAGAGGAUGGGUGGCUUGGCCGUUGAUGGUGGUCGGGUCGAACGACACGAGCAACAUGUCCAGGCAACCCGGCCGGUCCCUUCUGACAGGGCUUUCAUAG